AUGGCUUCAUACGCAACGACGAUUGGUGUGGUCUUGCUCGCGGUGGUAAGUGAUCGAGGAGUCUCAGAAAAGCUCGGAGCUGCGAGCUUUCUGUUGAGCUUUCGCAUCCCGUUCUAGACGUUCGGGCAGGCGACAGACGAGCGUGAGGAGCACGUGAAGUGCCACCAACAGAUGACGGUCAGUGUGGAUGAUUGUUGCAAGAUUCCACACCUUGCCGAAAAGUCCAUCGUCGACAAGUGCAUAUCCGAACACCCGUUCAAGCCGAACUGGAAAACGCUGAAAGGAACUGAUCGCCACCCGGGAGUGUGCAUCGCCCAAUGCAUCUUGACGGGGAUGGGUGCUUACUCGAACGGCAAGCUGGAUGAAGCGGCCUUCACGAAGGUGGUUGCUCCAGUAGUCAAGGGAGACACUGGUUUCGCUAAUCUACUCAACCAGACCGUCCAUGAUUGCACCGCGAUGGUGACAUUUGACAGUGGGUUCGACCGUACGGUGAAGGAAUGUGACGGUAUGCCGAAGGAGUUCCUCAACUGUGUCUACAGCACGAUGUUUAAGAAAUGUCCCACCACGGCCUGGACCGAGCGCAAGGAAUGUGCGUUGCUGAAGGACAAACUGGACCAGGGUUGUCCAUACUUUGCCCUGCGCAAACAUGGCCAUCGCAAGAACCGUCACUAA